UGGUAAACAAGAAUAAGCAUGGAUUUUGCGGCUAAGUGGAGUAAUUUACCGACAAGUCCAAGCCUUAAACAUUUAACAGAAGCAGGCUAUGGCAUACCGAAGGAAAAACAACAUGCCGCUGUUCAGGACCUAACGAAGGCUCAUAUCGAGUCGUUUGACCAAGCAGUUUCAGAUGGACUGUGUCGUGCUGUGCAGGUAGGGGAACUUUCACGUGGGACAGUCAGUGCUGUGUCAGCCGUGCCCCUCAAGCCACAAUGUUGCUAAAAUGACUGAAGUAGCUAGCGACUAGCUAGUAACGUUACAACAACGAUUUUUAUAUUUGUUGUUACAAUAGUUAGACCUACUUAUAAGUGUCCUUAAACAUCAGUUAGAAAACAAGAUUUUGAUUUUGUCCGAGGAAGUCACCGAUGUAUUUGCCACAAAGUGACGUUAGCUAACUUAGCUCACUUGAUUUGAUAACUUGUCUUAUAAUUAUUUUAUUUUUUCUUUCUUCAAUUCAAGGGUCUUUCAUUCUGAGAAGGUUGUAAUUGCAGAAGGCAAGGAGGGGCGUGUUCUGAUAUAGGCGUUUCUUGAUAUCAAGUUACACCCAUUGACGCUCGCCAUUUGUCCGUGGACGUUUCUUUCGCGUCGGGUAGUUAAGCCUAACCCUAACUCUUUUCCUAACCUUAACCUAAUUAUCCUAACCUGCCACGUUAGUUAUCAUAACCUGCCACGUUAACAAUCAUCUGUGUCGAGAAACCACUAGUCUCAUAACACCUGAACUGACCAAUGGCAGGUCUCAAUGGGCAUUUCCUGAUAUCAGGGAACACCCACAUCAAGAAACGCCCCUGAAUUGCGUUCUGCAAUUACACCAUAUUAUUCAUUCUCCCCAAUACACCGCAGCAACUAGCUACAGAUUGUUACAUCAGAUAAUGUGAUUUAGCCAAAGAUUUUUGGUAUCCAUUACAGGGAGUUACAAUUUAGGCACUGUUUGGUGUAGCACAGCGACUUUUCAACCAACCUUAACUUGGAGAUACAUGUUUGGCCAAAUCGAGAACAAAGAUAGUAUCUUUUAAAAUGUCUGUGUCCAUUUGCAGGUGGUGCGUUUUGAAUUUUAAAAAUGCUCAGUUAUUGAAAGAAAUCAAUAUUUUGCUCCAUGAAGUAAUCCAACAACGUGUAAACCGCCAUCUUGUCUAUUUCAAAUAUUCUGUCAUUGAUCAACAUAGAUGUGUCAUCAUGACAUGUGGCACUUUGGGGUGGACCCCCUGUCUCAAUCAAUGAGAGAUUUGAAAUUGACAAGUUAAGGUUGGUUGAAAAUUCUGUGCUACACAAAACAGUACUUAACCUGUAACUCACAGUAAUGGAUACCAAAACUAUUUGGUUAACUCACAUUAUCUGAUGUAACAAUCUGUUACUAUGCCGCAACCUGGUUGUAGUUGGUGUCUGUCAUGCAAAACCAUGGGGUUGGAGAGUUCAUGUGAAAAUGUUUGUUCCAUUUCUCCUUUUCAGGCCAUCCCUCCCUUUGAGUUUAUGUUUAGAAAUGACCGGAUCAGCCUGGCAUUUGUGGAGGCCACCAUCUAUAGACCAGUGGUGGGCAAAGGGAGCAUCUGCCGGGACCUGAGGGUGUUCCCAGCAGAGUGCAGAGGGAGACGCUGUACCUACCGGGGAAAGCUUGUGGUAAGCUUGCCUGCAAACCCAACAUCCGUACCAUAUGGAUUGUACUGUAUAUGACGGUCAAGACAAGGUCUUUCUACAAUCUAUCACAAAACUUGUCCAUUGUGAUGAAUUUAAGUUUGGUGCUGUGAUUCUUCACAGGCAGAUGUCAGCUGGUCCGUGAAUGGGAUUCCCAAAGGCAUCAUCAAGCAGUCUCUGGGCCAAGUGCCCAUCAUGGUGAAGUCUAGGUUGUGUAACCUGCAUGGGCUCCCUCCCAAAGAGCUCAUUGAGCACCACGAGGAGUCUGAGGUAGGAGAAUGGCACGCUUCCUACCCACAGCACAUACAGUGAGGGGAAAAAAGUAUUUGAUCCCCUGCUGAUUUUGUACGUUUGCCCACUGACAAAGACAUGAUCAGUCUAUAAUUUUAAUGGUAGGUUUAUUUGAACAGUGAGAGACAGAAUAACAACAUAAAAUCCAGAAAAACGCACGUCAAAAAUGUUAUAAAUUGAUUUGCAUUUUAAUGAGGGAAAUAAGUAUUUGACCCCUCUGCAAAACAUGAUUUAGUACUUUGGCAAUUACAGAGGUCAGAUGUUUCUUGUAGUUGGCCACCAGGUUUGCACACAUCUCAGGAGGGAUUUUGUCCCACUCCUCUUUGCAGAUCUUCUCCAAGUCAUUGGAGCUCCCUCCACAGAUUUUCUAUGGGAUUAAGGUCUGGAGACUGGCUAGGCCACUCCAGGACCUUAAUGUGCUUCUUCUUGAGCCACCCCUUUGUUGCCUUGGCAAUGUGUUUUGGGUCAUUGUCAUGCUGGAAUACCCAUCCACGACCCAUUUUCAAUGCCCUGGCUGAGUGAAGGAGGUUCUCACCCAAGAUUUGACGGUACAUGGCCCCGUCCAUCGUCCCUUUGAUGCGGUGAAGUUGUCCUGUCCCCUUAGCAGAAAAACACCCCCAAAGCAUAAUGUUUCCACCUUCAUGUUUGACGGUGGGGAUGGUGUUCUUGGGGUCAUAGGCACCAUUCCUCCUCCUCCAAACAUGGCGAGUUGAGUUGACGGCAAAGAGCUCAAUUUUGGUCUCAUCUGAACACAACACUUUCACCCUGUUCUCCUCUGAAUCAUUCAGAUGUUCAUUGGCAAACUUCAGACGGUCCUGUAUAUGUGCUUUCUUGAGCAGGGGGACCUUGCGGGCGCUGCAGGAUUUCAGUCCUUCACGGCGUAGUGUGUUACCAAUUGUUUUCUUGGUGACUAUGGUCCCAGCUGCCUUGAGAUCAUUAACAAGAUCCUCCCGUGUAGUUCUGGGCUGAUUCCUCACCGUUCUCAUGAUCAUUGCAACUCCACGAGGUGAGAUCUUGCAUGGAGCCCCAGGCCGAGGGAGAUUGACAGUUAUUUUGUGUUUCUUCCAUUUGCAAAUAAUCGCACCAACUGUUGUCACCUUCUAACCAAGCUGCUUGGCGAUGGUCUUGUAGCCCAUUCCAGCCUUGUGUAGGUCUACAUUCUUGUCCCUGACAUCCUUGGAGAGCUCUUUGGUCUUUGCCAUGGUGGAGAGUUUGGAAUCUGAUUGACUGAUUGCUCUGUGGACAGGUGUCUUUUAUACAGGUAACAAGCUGAGAUUAGGAGCACUCCCUUUAACAGUGUGCUCCUAAUCUCAGCACGUUACCUGUAUAAAAGACACCUGGGAGCCAGAAAUCUUUCUGAUUGAGAGGGGGUCAAAUACUUAUUUCCCUCAUUAAAAUGCAAAUCAAUUUAUAACAUUUCUGACAUGUUUUUCUGGAUUUUGUUGUUGUUAUUCUGUCUCUCACUGUUCAAAUAAACCUACCAUUAAAAUUAUAGAGUGAUCAUUUGUUUGUCAGUGGGCAAACGUACAAAAUCAGCAGGGGAUCAAAUACUUUUUUCCCUCACUGUAUGUGGCAGGGUUUCCGUUAGCCGGUAAUAAUUUGCAUAUUUCCGUGGAAUUAAAUUUGCCACGUGUGUAUAUUCGUUAUUUAUCUUAUUUAUCGCAUGGGCACAGCAUACAGAAACAGAGCCUUUGAACAGAAAAUCUGUCAGACAGUGCUUUUAUAAGCCCAAUCAUUGUGCAACAAUUCUAAAUGCAAUCGUGUGUUGAAUAGUUUUUGGGCCACGAUUAAAAAUAGCUAAUAUUUGUAUUUCUCAACUGGUAAUUGAAGCGGCCUUUCCAUUCGCCAUUCAAAUGGAUAGUCAAAGGAAGGCAGGCUUAAUCAGCGCGUCACACCCACUUUGCAAUGAGCUGGAGGCAGUAUGCAUUUUGAAAACCUAUAGCUACUUAAUUGUUUGAAACGUGAAUGUUUUACUACAUAUUAUGAGGGAUGUUUUACCUUGCUUCAAAGUAGCCUACGCAAAAUCCGACCAAAUCCGUGAAGGCAAUUAUUUUAUAAAGACUUCCAUAUGCCAUUGAAACCAGUAGCCUAAUUUUCUCAUGUUCUAUUGGUUUUGAACUAUCUUUCAUUGUCCGGUAGCCAAAUGCAUUGCUGCGCUAAUGUUAAGAAAUAAUAGUUUAUCAACAUUUUAAACAAAAUGUUCUGAUCAGAUUUAUUGCUUUUUAACAGGGUUUGUUAUGUAGCCUAGGCAUACUGGUUGUGUGAAUUUGGCAUAUAUCGUACCACGACUGUCCCAGAGUCUGUUUGGGCUAUUUCUUUCUCGACAAGCUGACCAAUAGAAUAGGUCAACUUUUCUACUAUGGGGAUAGUAGAUUGACGUAGGCUCAUAGGUGGCACUUCCUAGAGGCUACGGGAAGCUUUCCCUAAGUACAUUGGCAAAAUUAAAUAGCCUACUUAAUACAGUCAUUCAAAAUAGACUACUAAAGCAUGAUUUGGCCACAGAGGAUUGUUAGCGUCCCCUAGCUUUAAAAAAAUUAUUAUUUUAAAUCGCAUUGCCUACAGUCGGAAGGAAAGGCAGCGCAUGCAAUUUUGACAGCGCGCGCUACAAAUACCAAAAAGAUGGUUGUUGAGUUGCUGGCCGUCAAAAUUAUAAUCGCCGGAAAACAUAGUUUGCAAAGCAAAUGGAUAUUGCUGUAAAGAGAAGACAAUGAAAAGACUAAUCUGUCUUUUAGUUAUCAAUAUUCUCAACUUAAUUGAGCUAACAACGGUAGGCCUAUCUCAUUGGCACCAGCGGAGAGAAUCAUCCAUGUCCCUGGUGAGUGCUCAAUGCACUGAGCAUAUUCACUCUAUCAUUGUUGGGUCAGUGCCACUGUUUUUUCCGUGCAAUGAAAGAAGAAAGGUAUCUUAUAUAGCCUAUAGGCCAGGCCUCUACAAUAUGUGCUCAGCCAUGCAUUGAACUGUUUGAGUUAUAUUAUUAGCCUAAAUUAUGACUAUUGAAUCUACUCAUCACAUUACGACUAGUAGGCCUGCAAAUGCGAUGAUGCAUGGAAUGCUCUAUUAAAAGGUGAAUUUUUUUAUGGUGAAGAUUUGAUUCCCCAAACUUUAAGCUCAAGCUCCGCCUAUGCAAAGGCUAAUGACUUUGCUGUUCGUUACUCAUCUUGUUGGCUGAGGAAAGGUACAUGUGGACAGUUAUUCUGACAUCUUCAAAGUGUGCGGUAAGGACACAUGUUCUGUUAAGAUUAAUUACCAUAAUCUAAAUGUGAUUUCUGUCAUUCAGAGCACUGUGGCUGGAUGCCCUAAUCAGGUUAGGUACCCAAUGCAUAUGGGUCCGGUACAUUUCUAAAAUGUCCAGUCAAUUAAAAUGCUGCCGGUCAAAUGUCCUGCGCCACAUUUUCAUAACGGAAACCCUGAUCUGUGGGAACCAGUCAUUCUGAUCAUUUGUGCUUUCGAAGCAAAAAUAAAGGCACAUUUUUAUGCUUUCACGCUUACAUUUUACAGUUUGCAUGCAUCUACAUUCUGUAGAUUUCAAUCUCUUUUUCUCUCCAUCCUCAUUCAAACAGGAAAUGGGUGGUUAUUUUAUUGUGAAUGGGAACGAGAAGGUUAUUCGCAUGCUGAUCAUGCCAAGGAGAAACUAUCCUAUCGCUAUGUCAAGACCCAAGUGGAAGAACAGAGGCCAGGGAUACACUCAGUAUGGUAAGCAAGGCAGUUCAUGUACGAGCCGAACAUUGCAUUGUUGGAGCAGUUGAGACAACACAGCCUGCUUUAAGUAGCCUAACAUUGAUUAUCACAGUCCUAUCGCCUUGACCCAGAUGCAGACAAAAGAUAAAGCUCUUCUUUGUCUGUCUCCCCAGGUAUCUCAAUGCGCUGUGUGAAGGAGGAGCACACAGCUAUCAAUAUGAACCUGCAUUACCUGGACAACGGGACUGUGAUGCUCAACUUCAUCUACCAGAAAGAGCUCUUCUUCCUCCCCCUGGGCUUUGCGCUAAAGGUGAGAUGGAGCAGUGAUAUUUGGAACAGGAACAUGCAUGUCACAUUAACAUUAGUCUGUGUCCACUAGGUAUUUAUGCAUGCGACACACAAAAAUGUUAUGAGAAUUGGGACAUAUAGCCUAUACUGUAUGAAAUGAAGGGUAUAUUUCACAUUUUAACCACAUUGCCUGUCUGUUUUGGUCAGGCUUUAGUGGACUUCACAGACUUCCAGAUCUACCAGGAGCUGAUCAAAGGUCGUGAGGAAAACUCCUUCUACAAGAGCUGUGUGUCUGAGAUGCUGCGACUCGUCAUGGAGGAGGGCUGCAUCACCCGCGGCAAGGUGCUCAACUACCUGGGCGAGCGCUUCCGGGUCAAGAUGAACCUGCCAGAGUGGCACACCGAUGCACAGUGUGCCAACUACCUGCUAGAGUAAGUGUUUGUGUGUGUUAUUAAUAACUUCACCAUGCUCAAAGGGAUAUUCAAUGUCUGCUUUUUUUAUUUUUACCCAUCUACCAAUAGGUGCCCUUCUUUGCGAGGCAUUAGAAAACCUCCCUGGUCUUUGUGGUUGAAUCUGUGUUUGAAAUUCACUGCUCGACUGAGGGACCUUACAGAUAAUUGUAUGUGUGGGGUACAACGAUGAGGUAGUCAUUCAAAAAAUCAUGCAGUCCAUGCAACUUAUUAUGUGACUUGUUAAGCACAUUUUUACUCCUGAACUUAUUUAAGCUUGCCAUAACAAAGGGGUUGAAUACUUAUUGACUCAAGACAUUUCAGCCUUUCAUUUUUAAUUAAAUUGUACACAUUUUAAAAGAUAUUUGAUGAGCUGAAUUGUUAGGAAGGUGGCAUCCUAUGACGAUGCCACGUUGAAAGUCACUGAGCUCUUCAGCACUUGCCAUUCUACGCCAAUGUUUGUCUAUGGAGAUUGCAUGGCGGUGUGCUCGAUUUUAUACACCUGUCUGCAACGAGUGUGGCUGAAAUAGCCGAAUCCUCUAAUUUGAAGGGGUGGCCACAUACUUUUGGCCAUAUAGUGUAUGUCUAUAGCAAACACUUUUAUCCAAAGUGACUUAGUCAUGAGUGGAUAAUGUCUUUGACAUGUGUGGGUGGUCCUUGGACUCUAACCCACUAUCCUGACGUUGCAAGAACCAUGCUCUACCCACACACGCACACUCUUUAUGGAAUGUGUUGUGUUCACUCGUGUUUAGCCAGUGCGUCUGUAUCCACCUGAAGUCGGAUGUGGAGAAGUUCUACCUGCUGUGUCUGAUGACACGGAAGCUAUUCACGUUUGCCAAGCAGGAGUGCAUGGAGGAGAACCCGGACAGUCUGAUGUGUCAGGAGGUGCUCACACCAGGACAGCUCUACCUAAUGUUUCUCAAGGUCAGUUCUAGACAUCAGGACAGCUCUGCACUGGACUAUUGACAAAUGAUGAACAGUUCUGGAUCAGACAUAUUGGUAAAUCAAAAAAAACGAUUUCUUGUGAAGAUACUACAACAUUGUGGUGAACAGAAGUUGUCAUGUUUGGCAUGUGUAAUGUAAAAACACCACAAAAAUGUCAGGCCAGAAUGCUAGGAGUUAAACCUAGACUGUAAGGCCGAGUUCUCCUCUAGGUCAUAUAAUAACUCUGUAAGAUGUGUUUAACAAUUUGCAAUGUGAUAAUAGGAGAAGAUGGCUGCCUGGAUGGUGUCUGUGAAACUGUCUAUGGACAAGAGGGCCCAUAGGCUGACUGGUGGGGCGAGCUCUGAGAAUCUGGUGAAGAUGUUCAACCUGGGUUCUGAUGUUACCCAGCCCUUUGAGUAUCUGCUGGCCACUGGGAAUCUCACCUCAAAGACAGGUAUGCUGUGAUACGAAACAUACUAAUUAUUUGUCAUUACAACAUAACCACUGUUCUAUUUUUCUCCCAGUGUUUUACUUGGGUUAUGCAGAUAUACUGUUCAUGACAUGUUAGUUACCUAGAAACACAUGCUGGUCCCAAGCUGCUGCAUUGUGACCGAUUCUGUUCCUUUUCCUCUGUCGUCAGGUCUGGGCAUGCUCCAGAACACAGGACUGAGUGUGGUGGCCGACAAGCUCAACUUCAUCCGCUACCUGUCCCACUUCCGCUGCGUACACAGAGGGGCAGCCUUUGCCAAGAUGAGGACCACCUCCGUACGUCGUCUGCUGCCCGAGUCCUGGGGCUUCCUGUGUCCCGUGCACACCCCUGACGGAGACCCCUGCGGCCUCAUGAACCACAUGACGGCCCACUGUGAAAUCGUAGCCCUGGCCCUGCCCACCACCACCCUCCCUGCCCUGCUCUGCUCCCUCGGUGAGUGUCGACAAACCUGUGCAUAUGUAUAGCUAGCUACCUCAAUAUGGCGUCCUCCAUGUCGUAGCCCGUGUAUGAGAUCACAGAGACGAUGCUGUUGGUUCCGAUGGGGUAGUUGUCCAUGUUAUAGUGGUCAUACAUGACAAACACUGGACAUGUGUCCAAAGUAAAACGCAAAGGCCUGAGAUUCAACGUGACAGGAUAUCCAAGGUUGUGUCACUCACUGUGAUUAGCAUGCAGCUGGAACCUAUUGGUUCCUAUAGCUAUUAUUAUUAUUGGUUUAUUCGUACAUACUGGAUGUCGAUGUGUGAAAAUGCUCAGUCGUUUAUAUGUGAUUGUCGUCCCAUCGUUCUCCUCAAGGUGUGACUCCUGUGGAUGGUUCUCCUGGCAGGGCCUACUCUGACUGCUAUCCUGUGCUCCUGGAUGGUGCCAUGGUGGGCUGGGUAGAGACUGAGCUGGCCCCCAUCCUCGCAGACUCCCUCCGCAGGUUCAAGGUAAGGCAGGGCAUCUCCCAACCAUCUGCAAUUAUAACAUGGGUUUGAUCAUCACUCACUUAUGUAAUAGAUAAUUCAUCACACAUGAAUAGUGGCAGCUAGUUAUGUUUUAAUGCCUCUUACUCAUUCUUGUUCAUGCCACCCUCUUGCAGGUGUUGAAGGAGAAGAAGAUCCCUCCCUGGACUGAGAUAGUUCUGGUUCCCCAGACCAGCAAGGCCAGCAUGUACCCAGGCCUGUACCUCUUCACCACCCCCUGCCGCAUGGUGCGGCCCGUCCGUAACCUGGCCCUGGGCCAGCAAGAACUGAUCGGCACCUUUGAACAGGUACUACAGUCACAUGCUGCUUAAAAUCUCUCAAUUCUUGGACAUCCUUAGUAAACCCCCUAGUUACUAAUCGUAGCCUCUAGGACAAGGAAGGAUGCUAGAUCAAACUAAUUUUAAAGCUGAGGGUGUUGUCAGUGAUUCUUGGUUAUGUCAACUCUAGGACAGUCAUUACAGUGAUUGUUGGCAGUUGUUUCUUGAGUUUGUUUUGUAGUGUCAUGUCAGUACCUAGUUACUUAUAGAUGGUUAGGCCGACAGUGCCUUCAGCAAGUAUUUAUACCCCUUGACUUAUUACACAUUUUGUUGUAAUGAAAUCUUUUUUUCUCACAUCUACACAUAAUACCCCGCAAUGACAGUGAAAAUAUGUGUGUAGAAUUUUUUGCAAAUGUAUUGAAAAUGAAAUACAGAAAUAUCACAUUUAUAAUAUAUAAUAAUAAUAAUAUGCCAUUUAGCAGACGCUUUUAUCCAAAGCGACUUACAGUCAUGCGUGCAUACAUUUUUGUGUAUGGGUGGUCCCGGGGUUCGAACCCACUACCUUGGCGUUACAAGCGCCGUGCUCUACCAGCUGAGCACCCCUGAGUCAAUACAUGUUAGAAUCACCUAACAUGUAUUGACUCGGCUUUCUGGGUAAGUCUCUUAGAGCUUUGCCCGCCUGAAUUGUACAAUAUUUGCACAUUUGUUCUUUUUUAAAUUCUUCAAUCUCUGUUAAGUUGGUUGUUGAUCAUUUUUAGACAGACAUUUUCAAGUCUUGCCAUAGAUUUUCAACUAGGUCACUCAGGGACAUUCAAUGUUGUCUUGGUAAGCAACUCCAGUGUAUAUUUGGCCUUGUGUUUUGGGUUAUUGUCCUGCUGAAAGGUGAAUUUGUCUCCCAGUGUCUGAUGGAAAGCAGACUGAACCAGGUUUUCCUCUAGGAUUUUGCCUGUGCUUAUCUCUAUUCCGUUUAUUUUUAUUCUAAGCUCCCUAGUCCUUGCCGAUGACAAGCAUACCCAUAACAUACCACCACCAUGCUUGAAAAUAUGAAGAGUGGUACUUAGUGAUGUGUUGGAUUUGCCCCCAAACAUAAUGAUUUGUAUUCAAGACAUGAAGGGAAUUUCCUAGCCAAAUGUUUUGCAUUUUACUUAAGUGCCUUAUUGUAAACCGGAUGCAAGGUUUUGGAAUAUGUUUAUUUUGUACAGGCUUCCUUCUUUUCACUCUGUCAAUUAGGUUAGUAUUGUGGAGUAACUACAAUGUUGUUGAUCCAUCCUCAGUUUUCUCCUAUUACAGCCAUUAACCUCUUAAGGAUCAGACCCUUGUUUUUUUUGUUUUUUUAACCUUUAUUUAACUAGGCAGGUCAGUUAAGAACAAAUUCUUAUUUACAAUGACGGCCUACACCGGCCAAACCCGGAUGACGCUGGGCCAAUUGUGCGCCGCCCUAUGGGACUCCCAAUCACGGCCGGUUGUGAUACAGCCUGGAAUCGAACCAGGGGGUCUGUAGUGGUGCCUCAAGCACUGAGAUGCAGUGCCUUAGACCACUGCACCACUCUGGAGCCCAAAUACUGGACUAUCUUGCAUCAAGUUUUCCCUAAAUGUGCCAAAUUGGUCAAUUGAUACAUUUUGAAGUACAUAAUUAUAGAGAACAUACAAAAAUGAUAUGGUAAUACAAAAUGUAAGUUUACACACUCCCAGGAAUGUCAUACAUGAUGGAUCAUUAGGUUAUACACUAACUUUCACAGAUCUAGAUGGCAGGGUGGGUGUGGAGCCAGAGACAGCAAGGGUUCAAACUGUAGAACCCAGUUCCUACAUUUAAUGAUCAAUUAGCCUUUUAAAAUGAUAAACUUCGAUUAGCAAACACAACGUGCCAUUGAAACACAGGACUGAUGGUUGCUGAUAUUGGGCUUCUGUACGUCUAUGUAGAUAAUUUACAACAUGAACAAUAUCUACACUGUAUUUCUGAUCAAUUUGAUGUUAUUUUAAUGGUUAAAAAAAAUGCGUUUCUUUCGAAAUAAAGGACAUUUCUAAGUGACCCCAAACUUUUGAACGGUAGUGUAUGUAAAUAAGGUAUUUGUUUUUGUUAUUUUAUAAUUGUGGUAAAAUUUCUGAACUGUUUUCGCUUUGUCAUUAUGGGGUUUGCUGAGGAUUUUUUUAAAUUUUUUGACCAAUUUUAGAAUAAGGCUGUAACGUAACAAAAUGUGGAAAAGGUGAAGGUCUGAAUACUUUCCGAAGGCACUGUAUAUAUCUACCAAUGGGUGCCCUUUGCGAGGAAUUGCAAAACCUUCCUGGUCUUUGUGGUUGAAUCUUUCUUUGAAAUUCACUGCUCGAUUGAGGGACCUUACAAUUAUCUGUAUGUGUGGGGUACAGAGAUGAGGUAGUCAUAAAAAAAUUAUGGUAAACACUAUUGCACACAAUGAGUCCAUGCAACUUAUGUGACUUGUUAAGCAGAUUUCUACUCCUGAACCUAUUUAGGCUUGCCAUAAGAAAGGGGUUGAAUUCUUAUUGACUCAAGAUAUUUCAGCUUUUCAUUUUUAAUGAAUUUGUAAAGAUUUCUGGAGGCCAGUGACACAUCUAAAUGUAAUCUAUUUUAAAUGAAGGCUGUAACACAACAAAAUGUGGUAAAAGUAAAGGGUUGUGAAUACUUUCUGAAGGGACUGUAUGUGUUUUAGUCCUAAUUCCUUAGAGGCCUGUGGUAUGGUGUGGCCGCUCCUUCCGACUAAACUUUAAACAUAAAAUAGUUAAGCAAUAAGGCCUGAGGGGGUGUGGUAUAUGGCCAAUAUACCACGGCUAAGGGCUUUUCUUAAGCACGACGCAAUGCGGAGUGCCUGGAUACAGCCAUUAGCUGUGGUAUAUUGGCAAUAUACCACAAACCCCAGAGGUGUCUUAUUGCUAUUAUAAACUGGUUACCAACGUAAUUAGAGCAGUGAAAAUAAAUGUUUUGUCAUACCCGUGGAAUACGGUCUGAUGUACCUCGGCUUUCAGCCAAUCAGCAUUCAGGACUCGAACUACCCAGUUUAUAAUCCCAUUUAUGCACCCAAAUCUACAGUAUGCUGUGACGUUUUCUUCUUGUGUGGACUGUUACAGAGACGUUACCUUAUUCUGUUUUGAGAACAAGGAAACAUAUGUGAAUAAAGCUAGUCUGUCUGUCUCCUGUUUGACAGCUCUACAUCAACGUGGGCAUCAGUGAGGAUGAGAUCGAGCCGGGUGUGACCACCCACCAGGAGCUCUUCCCCCACAGCAUGCUGAGCGUGGUGGCUAACUUCAUCCCUUACUCUGACCACAACCAGAGUCCCAGGAACAUGUACCAGUGUCAGAUGGGUAAGGGUGCCCCCUAGUGUUCAGAAGCAGGCAUCUCUGGUGUUUUCUGAGUUAAUUGACCUUUUAGAUACCUUAUUUGUAAGUGAGGGUUUUAGCUCAUUUCUAUACAGACAACACUACAUGUGAAAAAUUUGCUUUGUUCUUCUAGAAUGCCUGACUUUUUAAAUGAUUCCGUAGACAUUGUUGGUGUAACCCUCAUCUUCUCCUCCACAGGUAAACAGACCAUGGGCUUCCCCCUCCACUCGUUCCAGGAGCGCUCGGACAACAAGCUGUACCGCCUCCAGACCCCCCAGAGCCCUCUGGUCAGGCCUGUCAUGUACGACCACUACAACAUGGACAACUACCCCAUCGGCACCAACGCCAUUGUCGCUGUGAUCUCCUACACUGGCUACGACAUGGAGGACGCCAUGGUGAGACAAUUCACAUUUUAUUUACCCAUUGGCUGAUUUCACUGUACCAGGUGUGCGUAGAAGACAUGUAUAAGUGUUCUAUUUAAUUCUGUGUUUGCCUAGAUCCUGAACAAGUCGUCGUGGGAGAGGGGCUUUGGUCACGGCUGUGUUUACAAGACUGAGCUGGUGGACCUGGCAGAGAAGAUGAAGGGCGAGGACUGCCUGGUGUUUGGGGUCAAACCCGGUGACCCCAAGGUAAUGGACAAACUGGACAGUGAUGGGUUGCCCCCCAUCGGAGCCGUACUACAGUACGGAGACCCCUUCUACAGCUACAUCAACCUCAACACCGGGCAGAGCUUUGUCAACUUUUACAAGUGAGUUAUCCAGGUUGGCCUAAUAUGUUCUUUCCAUUGUCAUAACAUAGUGUUGACUAUUUCUCUACGAUGAUGAGUUGGCCAGAUGCAGCUGCUAAUGCAAUUUCAUAACCUGCUGUUUUUCCCCUCGCUUUCGUAGGAGUCAAGAAAGCUGCGUGGUGGACAACAUCAAGGUGUGCAGCAACGACGCUGGCUCGGGCCGCUUCAAGCGCAUCUGCAUCACGGUGCGAGUGCCCCGCAACCCCACCAUCGGGGACAAGUUUGCCAGCCGCCACGGGCAGAAGGGCAUCCUAAGCCGCCUGUGGCCUGCCGAGGACAUGCCCUUCACAGAGAGUGGCAUGACCCCCGACAUCCUGUUCAACCCCCAUGGCUUCCCCUCCCGCAUGACCAUCGGCAUGCUCAUCGAGAGCAUGGCCGGCAAGUCGGGCGCCCUCCACGGCCUGUGCCACGACGCCACUCCCUUCACCUUCUCCGAGGAGAGCUCGGCGCUGGAGCAUUUUGGCGACAUGCUGCGCGCCGCUGGCUACAAUCACUACGGCACCGAGCGCCUCUACAGCGGCCUCAGCGGCCUGGAGCUGGAGGCGGACAUCUUCAUCGGCGUGGUGUACUACCAGAGGCUACGUCACAUGGUCUCCGACAAGUUCCAGGUGAGGACCACUGGAGCGCGGGACAGGGUGACCAACCAGCCGGUGGGCGGGAGGAACAUCCAGGGGGGCAUCCGCUUCGGGGAGAUGGAGCGCGACGCCCUGCUGGCCCACGGGACCUCCUUCCUGCUCCACGACCGCCUCUUCAACUGCUCUGACCGCUCAGUGGCACAGGUGUGUGUGGACUGUGGUAGCCUACUGUCCCCUCUACUGGAGAAACCACCACCCUACUGGUCGGCCACACGCCACCGCAAGACUGUCUGCCUCCUGUGCGGCAAGAGUGACUCCAUCGUUACGGUGUCUGUGCCGUACGUCUUCCGCUACUUUGUUGCAGAGCUGGCGGCGAUGAACAUCAAAAUCAAAUUGGACGUGAAGUGAAUUCAAUGAAGUUUGUUCAGUCUACCCACCAGCCACAGACAGUGCUAUAUUGUGCACAGGAAGUUUGUCUUCUCCCGUGUGUGACUGGGAGUGGUUGCAUAUUAGGCCUUUUUUUGUUAUAUUGUAUUAAGGGCUUAAUCUGUGUUUGUCACAUGUAAAAGUAAAAAAAAAAAUAUGAUUGCAAGAAUUUACAGUAGUUUACACAAUUACCUGAACUCCAAAACCAUACUGACCAUCAGAAAGGCCAAGUGCCUGAGAGGUUUCACCUCUUGUUGUCCAGAAUGGUCUCUACCUAUCAUCAAUUAUGGCUAAAUUGAGACUUGAGUCAAGGAUAGAUAGAAUUUUCAAAAAAUGUUCAGAAGUUACAAAGAUAUUGUACAGUAACUGUGUCGAACAUACAACAUUGUUUUGUAAAUCAGUAUAUUUAGAGUGAAAUCCUCUUAAGAAAAUACACUGUGAUGGUGUACACUGAGCAUGAGACAAAGUUGAUUCAUGUGACUACAAGGUAAUAAAAUGAGUUGUCAUUUACAAACUAGACUUGACUCUUCGGGGAAUGUCAAUCAAUACACAUUCCAGUUGUUCCUGUCAUAACCAGCACCUUGAAGGAGACAAUGCUGUACACAGGGCUUUAGCUUCUUAAUUCCAGUAUUUUAUGCCUACCAGAAGAGGCUGGUGGAAGGAGCUGUAG